AUGGAUGCUAAAAGAAAGAGAGCAGCAAACCCUGAAAGUAGUAGCCCAGCAGAAUCAAAGUGCUUAGUGGCUCAGCUGCCCCAUGGUUUGAUACUGGACAUUUUAUCAAGAUUGCCGAUCAAGUCCCUUUUCAGCUGUAAGUUGGUCUGCAAAACUUGGCUUCAUUUAAUUUCAGAUCCUCAUUUUGCCAAACUCCAUCUCUCGAAAUCAUCCACUGCUAUCUUGAUUAGAGAUGUCUGUUUCAGAAGUACAGAGCUAUUAUCAACUCAGUUUGUUGAAGAAGUCCACGACAAAACUGUGGAUGUCGAAAAAAUGAGGUUUGUUCCCAACACAAACUUGCCUGAUACUGAAUUCCACGUUAUAAAUUCUUGCAAGGGUUUGCUUUGCUUGGAUGGAAAGUCUAAAGGCAAUUUCAAUCAAAUGAUUUAUGUUUGCAAUCCAAUAUUAGGAGAGUACGUUAUUAUUCCAGUAUUUGAGAAGCUUAGAAAAUGGGAACAAUACUUUGCUCUGGGAUUCAGUUCCGUCAGUAAUCAAUACAAAGUGCUACAGACUUAUUUUCCAGACAGACCGUAUGUAAAUCAAUGCCGGGCUGAAGUAUACACGGUUGGUACGGGACAAUGGAGAAGCAUUGGAAAUGCUCCUUUCAGCCUUGAUCAUCUGGAUGCCAAUGCUUUUUUACAUGAUUCAGUCCAUUGGAUUGAUUAUAGUCCUGAAAACGAUGGGUUUAUUUGCGCUUUUGACUUUGGUUUUGAGCACUUUAAGCGGUUGGCUUUACCUAUUGAUUCUCAAAAACUUCAUGGCUUCAGGGACCACGCGAUUUCAUGUGUGGGCGUUUUAAAAGCUUGGCUAUUUGUGGCUUUUGACGUUUGUUCUGAAUGGGGAGACCUUGAGAUAUGGGUUAUGGAGGAGUAUGGCAUCAAGGAGUCUUGGUCCAAAAAGUUUGUUGUAGAUUUCAUCUCUUAUCAACCCUUAUUUACCUUAGGUUCUGGGAAAAUCUUGAUGUUUCAAAGGCAUCAAUGUAUCGUCUGUUAUGACCCAAAAUCGAAGAGUAUUCAGGAUACAGGAAUAUCUCAGGGAAUGGAAUGCAUUGGUGUGACUGCAUACACCCCAAGCUUUGUUUCACUCCAAGAUAUCGCAAAAGGAGAAGAACUCAAGUCAGUUGAUGAAGACGAUGAGUUGGAGGCAUUCACAAAUAUUAAGGGGAUUUACCAAGGUCAGGCAGUGUUUGAGAAUGGCCAUUGCGCACUGACCUAUCAGCAGUUUCCAUGA